GAUGUCAUCGUUGCGCGCCUGGUCGGGGGGCUGCGGCGGCCUGAGUCUCGCAAGUGGCAGCAGCCGCGGUUCCUCCCCGGUGCCGGAGGGGGCGAGUCCCGGCUGCGGGUGGGAGGUGUUGUGCGCCGUAUCCAUUUCCAGCAGCUGCGCCGCCGGGGGCAAGCGAGGACCCCUCUGGUCUCGGUCCUGCCUCCAGGAGGCCUGGAGGGGUCCGUCGCGGCCGCCGAGCGCUUUGCCCAGUUUGCCCGGGCCGGCUGCCAGACGGGAGGCGUGGGCGGUUAGCAUGUGCACAGCGCUCGGAGACCUGCCGGGUGGGAUCAGAUCCCAGAGCCGCUGAGCUCUCCUCCUCCUCCUCCUCCUCGAGCCGGCUUGGACUUGUUUCCAGGCGGUGCUUUAAAGCCACUGGCCGGGGCUGAAGGAUUGUGUCUCAGUGCAGUUCAGUGAGCCUUGAAAAUCUUUCACAUUUAAAAGCUCUUUGAACUGGUCACACAUCUGAACAGGAAAGUAUCUGACAGGAUGGUUGCAGCUGGCCCUCCCGCCCAGGUCUGCCCUUCAGACGUGUGAGCCUGCAGCCCGGGGGAGAAACACGCUGCUUAAGUGUACAAACGAAUUAUCUGAAAUGGGUUUAAAGCCUUCACAUUUGAAGAAGUCCCUGCUUCAGUUUCACCCUGAACAUUUCAGGUACUCAAUUUAAUUGCACCUGACAUAAUUUUGGAACUUUAGAAAGUUCAGCGUGAGUACAGUCAAUCAAGUGAAGAUUUGGGCAUCAUGCAUCGGACUGUGAAAUCUUUUCUCCAGACUCUGAAGUUCAGUGUUGGUUGCUGCAGAUACUACUUUAACCAUAACUAUGAUCUGGUAUUAGCUCUUUGCAGUCAAAUAAAACCACAAGAAUUUCAGUUUACAAAGUGUUUGAGAAAUUCAUGGAACAACACAGACUCACCAGGGCACAUUGUGCCACGGAGAUUCUUUUCUUGCAAGGAUCUUCUGAAAUCAGAGCAGGAGAACUGGAAAGUAACUUCAGCAAGAUAUAUAGAUACAGCAGAAAGAAUCAAGAAGAAAUUAGAAGUAAUGUACAACAAGUAUACAUUCAGCAUGAGCAGCCCAGUGAUUAGGUUUGGGGAUUGUGUUUACUUUGAAGAAAAUGGCUGCAUAUUUCGCUCAAAAGGAGAUAGUGAUGAAGGAAGUGUUGAGGUUUUACUCAGUACUGAAGAUCUUGGUUUUCAUGAUGCGAUUAUUCAGCGCAUCAGAAUUUCCCCAGAUCAGAGGUAUAUGGCUACCAGCAUAAAAAGCUCAAAUUCUGAAGAGUCAAGGUGUAUUGUUACGAAAUUUGAGAAGUUACCUGCGGUGGAACAUAUUAUCCCAAAUGUGUUUAGUUUUGAAUGGGCUACAAAUGAUGUUCUGUUCUACACCAGUCAAAAGAACCUUGUAUGCCAUAAGGUGCUUCUGGCCACUUUUGCUAACAGAAAACAUGCUGAGCUAGUUUAUGCGGAACAAGAUCCAAGAUUUUUUGUGGAUAUAUAUUGCACAAAAGACAGACGUUUUCUCACCAUCAACAGUAACAGCAAGACUAGCUCCGAAGUUUGGUUGGUUGACUGUAGCAAUCCUUUUAAUUCACCUAUUCUCGUACAACGGAGAACUAACGGGGUCAUUUAUCAUGUUGAGCACAGAAAUGAUGAAUUAUACAUUCUUACUACUUAUGGAGAGCCUGCGGAAUACAAGUUGAUGAAGACUCCAGUUGGUUCCUAUGGUAUGGAGAACUGGCAAUUGGUUUACACGUUGAAAGAAAAAACUAAGCUAAUAGACUUAGAGAUGUUCAGAGAUCACUGUGUGAUGUUUUUGAAACACUACGGUCAUCUUUAUUUAAAUGUGAUUUCUCUUGUUUCUCAUUCAGUUCAGUCUAUUAAGUUACCUGCAUGGGCCUGUGCAUUUGAGUCAGAACCCCAUCCUGAGUACAAUGCCAGCACUUGCUAUUUUCAGCUCACCUCCCCAAUACAACCCCCUAAACGUUUUGCAUAUACAUUGGUGGAAAAUCAUCUCGUUGAGCAGGAGGCACCAAUUACAAUUAAUUGCCACACUCUACGGUUAGAAGCUAAGAGCAAGGAUGAAAUUUUGGUGCCAAUUACAGUUUUUUAUAAUACAAAUUCUAAAGAGCUACACAGGAAACCACUUCUGGUUCAUGUAUAUGGAGCUUAUGGCAUAGAUUUGAACAUGAGCUUUAAAGCUGAGAAGCUGAUGCUAAUUGAAGAUGGUUGGAUAUUAGCAUAUUGCCAUGUUAGGGGUGGCGGAGAGUUAGGCCUGAGUUGGCAUAAAGAUGGAUGUAUGCAUAAUAAACUCAAAGGUCUCCACGACCUUAAGGCUUGUAUAAUGCUCUUGCAUGAACUAGGAUUUUCUCAGCCAAAGUAUACAGCGCUAACAGGUAGCAGUGCAGGAGGAGUUCUUGCAGGAGCUCUGUGCAAUGCUGAUCCUGAUCUCAUCAGAGCCGUAGUUUUACAGGCCCCUUUCCUAGAUGUUCUAAAUACAAUGUUGGACACUGAUCUCCCACUGACAAUUGAAGAACAGGAAGAAUGGGGAAAUCCAUUAGCAGAUGAAAAGUACAUGGAAUAUAUUAAAAGUUACUGCCCUUAUCAUAAUAUUAAGCCACAGGCUUAUCCUUCAAUUUUAAUCACAGCAUAUGAAAAUGAUCAACGAAUACCACUGAUAGGAUUGUUAAGAUAUGUUCAUAAACUUAGAAAAGCAGAAAGGGAUCAUGCUAGAAGCAUGAAUAAGAAAGGAAACCUGAUACCUAAUAUCAUCUUAAAUGUUCAGGCAGGAGGCAGUCAUUGUGCUCCAUUGUGGGAGGAUUCAUUAAAUGAGGUUACAAGCCACCUUGCUUUUCUGUACAAAGAAUUUGGACUUGAGAGAGAAUAACUUGAAGAAGUGGUUUAUUUAACAUGCACAGUUAUUUCAGAAUUUGUUGAAAGAUUUAAAAACUGUGUAUAUACACUUUAGACUUCUGAAAAAGCCAUAUCACAUACCUGUAAAUUUAAAAAAUGAGCACUCAUUCUCCAAAGGAACCAGCUGUAAUAGAUCCCAGAUAUGGGUCCCUGCUUCUGGUGCAUAACCAGACCAGGGGCUCAUAAAGGCAGAGUUGUGUGAGCUACUGGCUUACAUAUACAUACCAGGUGGUAAAUUCCUUCCCUGCUGCAUUGGAGGAGCAGCGUCUCCUGCCUCUAGCUACCAGUUCCUUGUGCAAACACAAAAGAUGAAUGAAUACAAACAUGCAUCCCAAAUCUACAGAGGAGGGUGGAUCCCUUACAAAUUCUAUCUUCAUAGAAGAAUUAUGACUAAGGCAAAGAUUUUUAUCACUGUUAUUUUUAGUAAAAGUCACCGACAGAUCACGGGCAAUAAACAAAAAUUCAUGGAGCCCAUGACCUGUCCAUGACUUUUACUACAAAUAACCGGGGGGCGAGGAGGGGGAAUGACUUACAGGCCAAGCCCCCUGCCAUGGUGGGGGUCACAGCCCCCGCUUCAGAGCUGGCCACAGCUGCAUCCCUGCCAAAACCCUGGCAGCAGCUGGGGAGGGAGAUGCAACCCUAGGUGCACCCCUGGCAAAAGCCAUGGGGCUAGGGUGCAUGGCCCCAACCC